CGUUGGGGGGUGGUGGAGUUUUUUAUUUUUAUAAGAGGUAAUACAACGCUCGGUGUGGGAAGUAACCUAUAGGCCGGCUUACCGAAAGAAUUAGAGGAACACUCAAUCAUUCAUGGUGCAGCUUUUGUCAGUCUGUGCUUACUGGCUGCGUAGACUACUGGCACAGAUCGGAAAGAGUGGUAGCCUAGCCUAUUCCUCUAAAUACAUUAUUUACGCAGCAGCGGAUUGCUAGGUAGGCUAAUAUCACCACAAUCACGGAUACUGGCACAGUCCCGCUGGCUGAUUCAUUAACAAAAAUGAAACAAAUAUGUUAUGUUUUACUUUAUUUUUGACAGUCAAAUAGAGAAAAACACGCAUUAUUUUUCUGUGACAGGCUGCAAUGUUCACGGCGGCAUAUAUUAUUAUGGAAUUAUACUUGCGUUACGUAACGACAGAACUAUGAAAUAGAGGACAGCGCGCACCACAGGCGUCAUAUCCAUUAGCCUGCCCUAUACGUCAUUUAUAAAAAGCAGCAGGUAUGUGAUGGUGUCCAAUAGUUGUGUCCAGUCCAGAGGGAGCCGGUGCCACGCUUCGGCUCCACAGGCACAAGGCAGCCGGCAGCUAGAUUACUGAGGGAUUACACGGACACUCGUUAACUCAAUGCCACAAAACCGAGUGGGAAGUCUGGGAACAUCGACCAGGGAGGGACUGAAUGGGCGGUCGGCCAACUGACUGACAGACGGGAAGAGCAGGAUUCUCUACAAUCUCUGUGAAUGUAACUCUCAGCUAAUUUCACCAGCGGGAGUUGAGCUGGGAUCGCUCCGCUAGGAUCAGAGACCAGUGCUGAAUGUCUGCCUCUGCCAUCCAGCGCAUCUAUCUGUAGCAGGCACAGAUGGUGGGGUGUUGCUAUGACAACACUUGCCCUGUACCAGGGUGUGGAGUUGUCUCCUUACUUGCUCUACUGUCUCUGAUAUGAGACCUCAUCAUGCAAUAACCAGUGGACACCAGUAGUCAGCUGAGCCAUGGCAAAACAGGACUCCUCACUGUUCCUCCACGGCUUUGACCUGGGGGGACACUUCAUAGACCCCCGGCCUCUGGGCAGCGGUGCCACUGGUCUGGUUCUGUCUGCUGUGGACAAGCGCAGCGGCCAGCGGGUGGCUGUGAAGAAGCUGGUGAUGCGUGACGCGGUCAGCGUGAAGCACGCCCUGCGGGAGGUCAAGAUCACACGGCGCCUGCAGCAUGAGAAUGUUGUGCGCGUGCACGAGGUUCUGGGUCCUUACGGCCACCCGCUGCCUCGCGACCCGGCCCAGCUGAGUGCCCUGUACAUCGUCCAGGAGUGCAUGGAGACGGACCUAGCUAAGCUGCUAGAGCAGGGACCACUUCCCGGUGGGCACGCCAUUUUGCUCUUCUACCAGCUACUACGAGGCCUCAAGUUCAUCCACUCAGCCAACGUGCUGCACCGCGACCUUAAACCAGCCAACGUGUUCCUCAACACAGACCAGCUACUGCUCAAGAUCGGAGAUUUUGGCCUGGCCCGAAUCGUUGACCCACACUACUCCCAUAAGGGCUACCUGUCAGAGGGCUUGGUGACUAAAUGGUACCGGUCUCCGCGCCUGUUGCUCUCACCCAACAACUACACCAAGGCCAUCGAUAUGUGGGCAGCUGGCUGCAUCCUGGCAGAGAUGCUAACAGGCCGCAUGCUCUUUGCAGGAGCCCAUGAGCUGGAGCAGAUGCAGCUGAUCCUGUAUACAGUGCCUGUGUUGAGGGAAGAGGACCAUCACGACCUCCGGCAGGUCAUCCCCUCCUACGUCAGCCACGGUUGGAGGGUCAGGAGGUCCUUCAGAGAACUACUACCUGAAGUCGAUGCAGACGCCAUAGACUUCCUGGAGCGUAUUCUGACCUUUAACCCCAUGGACCGGCUGACGGCUGAGGCGGCCCUGUCCCAUCCCUUCCUGCAGCAGUACUCGUGUCCCCAGGACGAGCCCAUGUCACCCCAGCCCUUCCGCAUAGAGGACGAGCUAGAUGAUAGCCUGGUCACGGAGCCCGGCCACAGCCACAGCCAGGCCUCUAGCUCUCACUGGGACAGAUAUGAUACCAGCCUGUCAUCAGACCUGUACUGGCAGCAGCAGGGUGGCUGUCAGUGCAUGCCUGGGGUCUCGGAGGUGGUCAACUCCAAAGAGGAGGAGGUCCAGAGAGAUCCCAGGGCAGGUUCCUACCCUCUGUUGGAGGAGGCCCAGGUGGACCCUCGCAAGUAUUCCCACAGCAGCUCUGCCGAGCGCUUCCUGGACCACUCCCACUCCUCUCUGGUGCGGGCCUGUGGGGGCGGGGCUUAUGCUGAGCUGGACUGUGGUCGCUCCUGUGACUACAAAGUGGGCUCCCCUUCCUAUCUGGACAAGGUUGCGUGGAGGGACGGCAAGCCGCAGCACUACUCCGAGCCCAAGCUGAUCCUGGACCUGUCUCACUGGAAGAGGAAUAGCCAGCUCCUUGUGCCUGAGGGGCCUGAGCCUAGAGGGGCCAGCGUGAAGGAGCUGCCUGUCGAGGAGCCACCUUGGGACCUAUUCCAGGAGAUCUCUCGCUGGGUGGAGAGCACACAGACUCGCCUGUCCUCCCCCAGCUCACCCCAGGGACCCCUGUCCUACCCCAGCCCACCCCACGGACCCCUGUCCUCCGCCAGCUCACCCCAGGAACUCAUAUCCUCCGCCAGCCCACCCCAGGAACUCCUAUCCUCCGCCAGCCCCCCAGGGACCCCUGUCCUACCCCAGCUCACCCCAGGGACCCCUGUCCUCCGCCAGCUCACCCCAGGAACUCCUAUCCUCCGCCAGCUCACCCCAGGGACCCCUGUCCUCCGCCAGCCCACCCCAGGAACCCCUGUCCUGCCCCAGCCCACCCCAGGAACUCCUGUCCUGCCCCAGCCCACCCCAGGAACCCCUGUCCUCCGCCAGCCCACCCCAGGAACCCCUGUCCUCCGCCAGCCCACCCCAGGGACCCCUGUCCUACCCCAGCUCACCCCCGCUGCCCCCUUUUCCCACCUCUCUCCCUGCCCCACUCUUUCACAGUUGUUCGCCGGUCAUACAGCCAUCACCUGGACUGGACAAGCGUCACACACUCAGCCCGCCUGCCGCGUCCCAUUCCCCUCCCUCCCUGUUGCCCUGUUCUCCCUCGUCUCCUCCACCAAUAUCACCUCUCAUUCCUUCGUCGAUUCAUGAGCCCCCGCAGACUCUUCCCUCCAGGGGGCAAGGGGGCCCGUUUGACCUAGACAUGUUCAUCUCUCGAGCGCUGAAGCUCUGUGGUCAGAGUGAGGACCUGGGGGGAAGCCCAGACGGGGCCAAACGGGCCAACAUCAAGAGGGUACCUAGACUCCCGGAGCACCGGCCACCCCCACCUCAGACUCCCAACUCCUAAUAGGACAUAGGUCCAAGUCUACCACAGAGGGUGCUGGUAGACUGUGGGAGCGGCAUUUAAGGCUACCACAGAAAGCACUGGUAGACUGUGGGAACUGCUUUUAAGGCUACCACAGAAAGCACUGGUAGACUGUGGGAGCUGCAUUUAAGUCUACCACAGAAAGCACUGGUAGACUGUGGGAGCUGCUUCCAAGGACUGUGGUAUACUUAGUAAGACUUGCCUUGUAAAAAGCACGAGUUGACUCACACCCAAAGUAAUAAGCGAGGUGCUGACUAACAGAAUAGUAAACGUUUGGAGAAACGCUCUAUAUACUGUAUACUCCCAAUGAUUACUCCCAGUGUAAAAUAGCUUUUUUUUUUACCCAUUAUCAUUGCGGUGUGCAACUUUUCAUAAGUUGCCUUUGACACUGACCCUUCUCACUUAAAUGAAUGGUGCUGGUCCUUUGGAUCAGAGCAGGAGGUGAGGAGAGAAAAGCGAGGAUCAAGAUCCGUUAGCUACAAACAACAUAAUGAGCUUCCAAUGUUUUUGCUACUGCAUACAGUAUGUCAUUGAGGUCACUGCUGUAAAUGAAUGUAUGUUUUACAGAAUCUAAUGGAAAGUAGUAAGCCUAUGUAGUAAGCCUACAUACAGUAUGUUGCUUGAAAGCAGCAACUGUACUCAUUACAAGAAUGCCUGCAAAUGAUCAACAGUUAGGUGGAAAGAGGAAAUUCCAGGUAUUGCAUAGCAAAAUCGCUUAAAGACAACGCAGCCAGCUAUAUUUGGUUAUAAUUUUGUUGAAAUGUCUCUUUCAAACAUAACCCUUUAGGUUGUUUAGAUAUCUUCUAGAUGUGAGUAACUAUAGAUCUUCCUGCAGCAAAUUCUCAAGAAGAAUGAUACGUAUAUUUUCCAUUGAGUGGGAAGUAUCUCCUAUAAUGGGUCUGAAUGUAUUUAUAGAUACACAUCUUAGCAUAAGAACAGUUAGCUCUGGUCCGUGGCAUUAGAGCCCCUUCUUCUACUAAGGAAUGUGUUAAUGGAGGAACGCGCACUAACAACCUGGACCAGAGUGAAAUAACAGUCAAAGGGAGAUGGUCUCUGGGACUCAUAUAAUGAGGUUUUACUGUUGAACACUGCUGCUGUGAUUUCAAACAGUAUGCCUUGUACAAUUGUAUACAUUGAACUGCUGUUUCAUAAAGCAUCUUCCAGAUGCCAGUAAUGGUUUGUUCACAGUUUAAGGUUAAGUACAGCUUUUGGGGAUUUAUGUGUGUGUGUGUGUGUUAUUAUUUAGCUGAAAAGGAGUUUUCUCACGGUAAUGCAGUAAGAUAUAUCUGUCUAGUACCUGCACACCCACGUUGUCAUCACAGGGAGGUAUACUUAGAACAGUGACAACACGGUAGUCAGCCUAGCUGAUAUCAAGCUGAUAACAGAAAGCCUAAGGAGUAGUCAUGCACAAGGCCGUGCAGCAAAAAGGCCACGCACUCAUCAAGCACUCAAAACUCUUUAGGCUGCACCCCAAACAAACAAACGGCACCCAAUUCCUAUAUAGUGCAAUACUUUUGACCAAAGCCCUAUGGACCCUGGUCAAAAGUAGUGCACUGUAAUUGGGAAUUGGGGUUUGCCAUUGGGGACGUAGAUCUUGUCUCAUGCUUUUACCAUUGUUACUACAAAUUCAAUGACAGCUACCGUUCCAAAAUGGUUGGAUUUCAUAAUGAUAUACUCUCGAGUCAUGAGAACUGUAUUAUUGCACAAUAUCACAUGACAUUGUAAAGCGGACAUAAUGAGCUAACAUAGUUUGCACCCUGCAAUUCCCAGAAUUGACUAUCUUCAGAGCAGAGCGAAGUUCUAAUGACAAAAGCACAUCAGACAGACAUUGCCAGGGACCAGGUUCUUAAAAGCCAAUUAGGCUUCAUGUGCAGUGACAGAUGUAAUCUGGGCAAGUCCGUGAUAUUUUACUGGUAAAAUAACAGUCAGCAAUAAUAUCAGUACCAGUCAAAAGUUUGGAUACACCUACUCAUUGCAGAGUUUUUAAUUUAUGUUUUACUAUUUUCUGCGUUA